AUGAAAGCCGGUGGAAAACAUGGUUCCUCGUCGAAACGCUCACGCACAUCAGUUGAAGGGGAAGAUGUGAGGAACGCCGGCCCGCAAACCGAACCCCUUGUGCCAAUUCGCCUCGAUCUAAAUUUGGACGGUCGUCGUGUCCAGGAAUCAUUCACAUGGAAUCUCCGAGAGAAGCACAUGACUCCAAAGUCUUUCGCAGCUCAGCUGGCCUACGAUUUGGGCUUAGCAGAUUCGGGGCGCGAUGAAAUCGCUGACGCCAUGCAAGAACAGAUCUCGGCCUUCGUGCCGCCGCCGUCCUCGACAAAGGGAGAAUGCAGGCAUGUUGUACAUUUGGAUUUGAGGAUUGGCCGUAUCGUCAUUCGAGACCAGUUCGAAUGGGACUUACACGAACCUCAGAAUUCUCCUGAGGCGUUUGCAGAGAGGUUGUGCGCCGAUUUAGGCCUCAAUUUUGAGCAUGUCGCAGCCGUUGCGCACGCCAUACGAGAGCAGCUUGUUGAAUUGGGAGAGUUUAGGGACAAGCGGCAAAGGUGCUCUGUCUUAACGGAAGGGGACGUAGUCAGACCUGUUGAAGAGCUUAUACGUUGGGAACCUGCAGUGACUUGCCUCACUCUGGAGGAGCAGGAGCGAAUUGAGCGCAAGGAAAAACGAGAAGCAAGACUGCAAAGGAGGAAUAGAGGAAAGGCGGAAACGAACUGGCGUACUCCUGGCCGAAGACGAUCCUCAGACAAUUUGACGAGGAGAAGGUCUGUUGGGUGA